AUGGAUUAGCUUGAUAUUGAUUCAUCGAAGUUUGAUUGCCAAAAAUAUGUGAGUGAAUUCUUAAAGAAUCAUAGUGUUUAAGAUCUAAUACAAAGACAUAAUCAAUUGUAAUCAGAAAUCAAAGAAUAUGAUUAAGAUAUAUAAUCACUAGUUUUUGAAAAUUAUAGGUACUUGAUCAAGUUAAUUGUAGCAAAUUCAUUUCCUCAAUUGAUACCGUCAAAAAAAUGAAAACUGACAUUACCCAAAUUGAUUAAAAGGUAGAGACUUUGGCACAAUCCAUGACCAAAAUAGCCUAAUUGUCAAGAAGAAUAGAUUCUUAAUUAUCAAUUAAAAGAGAAGAAAUCAUCAAACUGGAUACUGUCAAUAAGGAUUUGAGUCGACUUAAUUCGGUUUGCAAUUUUCCUCACAUAAUCUAAAAAGAAUUAGAUCAAUAUAAAUCAAGUAAAGGAAAGAAUUAUGAUGAAUAUUUUAAUGAGACUGCCUAGUAUUAUAAACAAUGUUAUUCCACCUUGGAUCAAUACAAAAAUGAACCACUUAUUUAACCCAUUUAUAAAGAAACCAAUUAGAAAUUAGACAAUGCAAGGUAAAUCCUUUGGAGUUCCUUAAUUGAAUUCAAAUAAUAAAAUCCACUUUUAUAAUUGUAUUCAGAAUCCAAAGUGUCGAUAUCAACUCAAGAAGCCAGAUCAGCAGUCAAGAAGUUGAUACAAAUAAUGGAUGAUGAAGAAGCUGUGCUCAGACAUUAUCAAAAGAUCAUCAAAGAAAGAUAUUUGACUGUAGCCAAAGAAUUGAUAGAUAAAGCAGCCAUUACUAAAUCAUCUGAAGUUGUGAAUCUCAUGGACUACCUAGAAGAAAAGAGAUAUGAUUAUACUGUUGAAGAAUUAGAGGAAUACAAAUAAAUGAAAGAAAAGGAAAUUGUCAAUUCUGAUUCUGCCAUCUAAGGCUCAAUUUUGUGGUUAAUCAAUCAACUAUGUUAAAUUAUAUUUAAAGAGUUGAAAGUAGAAGUUUCAUUUUUAUUGAUUGAAAUCAGAGGAACCCUCAGGGAUAAAUCAUUAGAAUAACUCUCAACUCAAUGCAUCAAAGAGAUCAUCCAUGGAGUAUUCUAAGGUGUUACAGAUAAGAUGAGUUAGAAGAAAAUUAAUAAUGUUUAAGUUAACGAAGUUUUUGUUAAGUUACAAACUGAACUCCAAUCAUUAUUUGAAAACAAUUCAAUUAGAUAAUAAUUAAGGACGGAAAUCAUAGAUAAAUUUACAGAAAAUGUUGAGAAUAUUUGCAGAGGCUAAGUUUUUACAUCUUUCAGUCAUUUAAGAGUUCAAUUUUUAGAGUUGCUAGUGUUUGCUAAAAAUGAUUUAUAGCGCUUGUAACCUACUGAUGAAAUCAAACGAGAGAUCAUGACUCUCAUAACUGUAAUCAAAUAGAAAUUAAUUGCAUUUACAACUAUACGUUUAUUAGAUCUUAAGGCCUUUGUAUUUUCUUAAUAAUAAAGUUAUCUUCGAGAAUAGGAGACUUAUUUGAAUCUUAUCUAAGCCUCUCUAAUCGAGUUUGUUAAAUUUGUGGGUAAGAUAUUUGCCUUUAGAUCCAUUUCCAUCUCUCAAGAGUAAUUAAACCAAUUGUUUAACGAUAAUUAUAUCAUUUAGCAAGUCCUACCAUUAUUAAACACUAAUGAUUCUACAUAUUACUAUUUGUUUUCAAACUAAUUUUUAUAGUUGUACUCAAAAACAUUGAGUAACAAAUUAUUUGAACUUGUUAGUUAGGUCUUCUAAGGGUAUAAAAGUAAAUUAUAUAAUUAAUAUAUCAAGUCCGAUAACCAACUGAUUAAGAAUUGAAUAAACUCAAAACCUAUAUCAAUGGAUCUACUUAAAAGAAUUUGAUGUUGUUUGCACAAGCCUAGAGUGAGCAUUGGAUUAAUAUCAUCUUUUAAUAUCUCAAUCAAGAAAACGUUGUGUACCAACAGCAAAUUACAUAAAAGAUUUUAUUUAAUGAAGUCAAAAAUUUUAUAGAAGCUCUAGGUCUUCUAUUUCCUGAUACAAAAAGAGGACUUGUUAAGAAAGUAUCCAUCAUAUAACAAAGCACUUUCAAUAUUUAAAUGGAAAUAGUCAUGGUGAGAAAGUGCAAGAUAUUAGAAACUAAUAUAAAUGAUAGAAAUAGUUUACUUAUAACCGUUGUAAAGUAUGUUUUGAAAGUAUUAUUACAAAAAGUAAGAGGAACUUAUUUCUCAGAUGAUUUAUUUAAAUAAUUUUAGGUGGAUUUAUAUUUUGUUAUGCAAUUAUUCUAUGAUAUGGUUUCUGUUGACGAAGAAGGAUUAAUAGCAGGAUUUUAUAUGGAAAUUUUAGAUUGUGCUGGCAAAAACUGUAAAAAUGAUGUUAAAAUUGAUCCAAAAAUAUUAGAAAGUUUGUCAUUAUAGGCCAGAAUGUGAU